ACCAAAUAAAUAUCCGUGGCUGUGAAUCAUUUCCUGGUAAACUAAUACCUCCUACAUACAAAAUAACAAUGAGAAAAUCUCUAAUUAACUGCUUAAUUAGUUAUUAUGAACGGGUUUAUGCUGACCUCAGAUACAAAUUCUAUUCUGGAAUUCAAAAGCAAGACAAAGAUGCAAUAUUUGUUUCAUCUUCAAUGAUACGUAUAUCUGCUCUUUACAUUGCUGAUGAACGGUUUAGAUCACAAUUAUGUCGUUCUGAUCUUGAUGCCAAUGUGAUGGUUGCUUUUUUAAAUAAUGAAGAUAAUCUUGAAUACUGGCCAGCAACUAUCUGUUAUUUUUUUAAGCAUACAAUAGUAUUACCAAAUAGACUUACAGAACAUAUAUUGGCAAUAGUUGAUUGGUAUAGUAAACAUAGCAAAAAAGAUCAUUUUAAUGUUCCACAACGAGGAUUAUCUAAAACCCUUGACAGAGUUAUUCAAAAUGGUAUGAGACAUGUUGAAUUAUGGAAGCUUUAA